AUGGCACGGCAGAGGCCGACUACAAGGCACUUUCAUAACCAGCCUGAGCUGCGCCGUGGAGACAGUUCCGGGCUCAUGCUGAGAUGGAUCUUCUUAGGCUGGCUGGCCAGCUGUGGGCCGCUGGGGAACACCGUAAAACAAGAUGCAUCUGAAGAAAUCGCAAGUUCCGACCUUUGUGAACGACUCCGUAAAUCAUCGAUGUCGUUAAAUUAUGCGUUAUGA